AAUAUUUUGAAAAACAAAAAAAACAACAUAGCAGAUCAAAUUUUUGGAACAGUAAUGAAGGUCAAGAAAUCAUAUUUUUUGAUGAAUUUUAUACAAAAAUUGAUUGGUCAGAUAUGGUGAAUGUUUUAAAUGAUAUAUCUUGUCCUGUGAAAAUUAAAUAUAGGACAUAUAAAACUUUAUUUAAAGCAAAAUAUGUUUUUAUAACAAGUACAAAACUAUCUGAAGAAGCUUAUAAUUUUGGACAGCAUGAUUCUGAAGAUGAUAAUAAGUGA